GACCUUGACACCCACCCUGCCUCUGUCCAUGGUUCGGAAGGGGCCGAUCGGGCCAAGCUCCUACCCGCCCCCUUGCCGUUGCCAUCGGGAGGAGGCGGGCAGCCGGUGCCGGUUCCCCAUCGGCGGGAUUGGCUGCAGUUCCGUGACGCGGCCCCGUUUUACCGGGGGAGGGGGGAUGGGUGUGGUGGGAUUGUGGAAUCGUUGCGGUGGAGCUGCCGGGAUGAGCGCGGCCGAGAGCCGGCCCCGGUGCCGGUGGAGCGGUGAGGCGGUGCUCCGGGCCCGGGCCGAAGCUGCCGGUUACCGUCGGCUGCUACGUGCCCGUGCUGCCGAGGUGGAAGCCUUGCGCGGGGCCGUGGGCGCGUUGCACCGGCAGCUGGAGGGGCUGCGGGACCGGCGGAGCGGAGAGCUCGCCAAGUACCAGGAGCGGGUGGCGGAGCUGGAGAGGGAGAUCGGCGAGGCAGAGGCGGAGAUGGCCCGGUGCCUGCGGGAGUACCCGGCGCUGCUGCGGCUGCGGAUGGCGCUGGAGGCGGAGAUCGCCGCGUACCGGGAGAUGCUGGAGAGCGAGGAGCUGCGUCUGGGCUGCCUGGCUCCACCGUGAUGGGAUCCCGCACCCGGGACCCCGCACCACCGCGCCUCGUGGUCCCCUGAGAUCCCCUACUCUCCCCCCGAACGCCCAGGCCGUGGGAUUCCCGGACACGUUGGAUUUCUCCAGACUCCUGGAGGCCCGGUGCUGCUGUCCCCCCGUGCCAUGGCUCCCCUCGGACUCAUGGAUCCCCGGACCCCCGCAGAGCAGGGCCCGUGGGCUGCCCACUCUCACCAGCCUCUCCGGAGCAGCAGCGGGGCGGGGGGCCCGUCCCACCGAAGCACCUCAAUAAAGCCCCGUGGCA